AGACUUAUUAUUUCAUCAUUUGUACAGUUAAAACUUAAGAAGUUAACUCAGAUUCAAAAAGGUAAAAAAUCUUGCGUCACAAUUGAAACCUCAAAACCACUUUAUUCCAGUGGCAGCAUGGCUAGAGACAAAGUUUGCCUUGCUUAUUCUGGUGGACUUGAUACUUCUUGUAUCCUUGCAUGGUUGAUCGAGAAGGGUUACGAUGUCGUGUGUUUCAUGGCCGACGUUGGACAAGAAGAGGAUUUCGAAGCUGCAAAAAUCAAGGCUAAAAAGAUCGGGGCCAGUGCGUGCUAUGUCGAAGACUUAAGACAAGAGUUUAUUGAGCAACUUUGCUUUCCCGCAAUCCAAUGCAAUGCUGUAUACGAAAGUGUCUACCUCUUGGGGACUUCACUCGCUCGCCCCGUUAUUGCACGAGCUCAGAUUCGUGUAGCCCAAAAAGAAGGCUGCAUUGCUGUCUCGCAUGGCUGUACUGGUAAGGGUAACGAUCAAGUCCGUUUCGAGCUUGCUUUCUAUGCCCUUCAGCCAACCAUUAAAGUAAUUGCUCCAUGGCGCUUACCAGAAUUUUUCGACCGCUUCGCAGGUCGCAAUGACCUUCUCAGUUACGCGGAGCAAGCAGGCAUACCUGUGACAAGUACAAAGAGUAAACCUUGGAGCAUGGAUGAAAACAUUGCUCACUGCAGCUAUGAGGCCGGAAUUUUGGAAGAUCCAGAUGUCACAGCGCCAGAAGAUAUGUGGAAGCUAACGGUAGAUCCAUUAAAAGCGCCGGAUACACCAGAGGACUUUACCUUAGUAUUUAGUAAAGGUUUACCAAGCAAGCUUAUCACAAACGGAAAAACAAUUACUGAUAGCGUUGAUCUAUUCGUUGAGAUGAAUGCUAUCGCUCGUCGUCACGGGGUUGGCAGAAUUGACAUUGUCGAAAAUCGAUUCAUCGGGUUAAAAUCUCGUGGCUGUUACGAAACUCCUGGCUUCACCUGUCUACGGUCAGCCCACAUCGACCUAGAAGGGCUGGUUCUUGAUCGAGAGGUUCGUGCGCUUCGCGAUCAAUUUCUCACGGUCAAUUAUUCGAAGCUUCUAUACAAUGGAUUAUACUUUUCUCCAGAACGUGAGUUUCUUGAGGGCUCGAUUGCCGUUAGUCAGAAAAAUGUCAAUGGCCAGGUGCGCUGCAGAGUCUACAAGGGUAGCUUUCUAGUGCUCGGACGAAGUUCUGAUACCGAGAAACUGUAUAAUGAAAGCGAGAGUUCUAUGGACCAGAUAGGUUCUUUCUCUCCCGUUGAUACGACGGGCUUUAUCGCUGUACAAGCCAUCCGAUUAAAGAAAUAUGGGGAAGCCAAGGCUGCCAAGGAUGAGCCACUCUAG